UGUAAUCUGUCAGUCGUCUGAUUAAUAUUCCGAGCGAGCAAGCUGCAAGCAUAUACUCUCUCAGGGAAAAAGGGACAAUAAAACAAAAGUCAAAUAAAAUUCCGUUCCCCGGCGAAAUCAAAACCGCUUAAUUCGAGAUGAUGCAGCCACCUGAGAAGCAGUUAUCAGUUACAUGGAGGGGGAAGAAAUUUAUCCUUGAGAUGAAACAUGGUGCUAAUCUAAAAGAGUUGGGGGACAAAUUACAACAACUCACCAAUGUCAAAGUUGAUACAUUGCGGCUGAUUGUUCCUACCAAUAAAGGUUCUAAAAUGCUAUACCCUUUCUCAGAUGAGCACUCUUAUCUCCCAUUGGAAGCUGCAUCUGCUAUUGAGGGAAAACCUAUAAGGAUGAUGGGAGUGCCUGAAAAUGAAGUGGAAGAGGUUCUAGAAAAUGCAAAGAAAGACCCUCGAAUAGCUGGAUUUGAUGAAGAGGAGAAAAGAAUGAGGCAGCGAACUCUUGAUGGACACAAUUCAUUUGUAAGACUUCCACAAGGGACUUACAUAUUCUCUGAGUUCCACACACUUAGUAUUCCAGGAAUUGAGUUGAGUCCUCCUGCUUCGGAGGCUUUGAAAUUAAUGCAUAGGCUUGCUGCAGAUCCUGGAAUUGUUGCAAUCAUGAAUAAGUAUCGGUGGCAGGUGGGGAUAAUGUCAGAGAUGGCUCCAGUUGGUUAUGUUGGAGUCAGUCCUAAAUGCAUCCUUGGUUUCAACAAGAAUCACGGAGAGGAAAUUUCUUUGCGACUUCGAACUGAUGACCUCAAUGGUUUUAGGAAAUAUGAAAGCAUUAAGAAGACUCUCCUGCAUGAACUUGCACAUAUGGUGUACUCUGAACAUGAUGCAAAUUUUUAUGCUUUAGACAAACAGUUGAAUAAAGAAGCUGUUGCCUUGGAUUGGACAAAAUCAACAGGCCACACUCUGAAUGGAUUCAGACAUGGACUACAUGCUGAGGAUGAGUUUGAUGGUCAUGUAAGUUUGUCACGAAAACUUGGAGGCAAUGAAUCACAUUUUUCUAAUGCCCGUGCGUCUGCAGUGGCUGCUGCAUAUCAUCGAGUUGCAAAUGCGUGUACAAAUGUCUCAGCAGCAGUAAAUAAGCGUGACGAACCUGACCCUGAUGAUUCUGGAUUUACUAACUGUUGUGAACCUGACAGCUUGCAUGCUGAAGGGGAAACUAAAGAUGGCCAUCCUAAUAUAGCCAGUUCAAUGAAGCUUGUUGAUGAACACGAGAUUCAUGAUAGUGAGGCUGAACCUGAUCCUGAUGAUAGUGAGAGCAUGGGUGCCAUGGAAUCCGAAUCCUAUUUGGUAUCUGGUGGAAGUCAGAUAACAAUUGAGCCAGAUCCUGAUGAUCUGGAAGUUUUGACAAGUGCUGCAGAUAAAGAAUCUGUUCUGUGCAAUUUGAAGGUUCCAUUGACAGAUCAUAGUGUGGUUGGACCAAAUUUCUUUGGAGCAAAGGAGGGCACUGGAAAUUUGAAUCAGCUAGAUGUUAUACAUGUGGAACCUGAUCCAGAAGAUUCUCAAGCAGGAGACAGUGAUGACAAGAUGAUAGUGAUUGCAGAGAGAAUGUCAAUGGGGCAGGGAGAUGAGCCUGAUCCAGAUGACCUGGAGCUAAAGAGAAUUAAAGACCCUGUCACUGCUGUUUAUGGUCGUAUACAGAAGGCAGUGGAGAAGCUAAUAACUGAAGUAAAUCACUCGGAUGCUGGUGGUGUCUUGCAAACCCUGUGCAAGAUAAUAAGGAAUAUUGUUGAACACCCUGAUGAAAUGAAAUUUCGAAGAAUACGCAAGGCUAAUGCUAUUAUUCAGAGGAAUAUUCUUCAAUAUGGAGCUGCUACAGAAAUCUUACAAUUGGUUGGGUUCAGUGACGAUGUAAUCUUUGACGUAACAGGGAAGGCAGAAACUUAUUUGGCUUUAAAGCGUAAUGACCCUGGCUUACUGUGGUUGGUUAAAAGCUCUCUUGAGAGCUCCACUACUUGAAAGCAAUAUUUGUUAUAUCUGAGGUGAGGUUAAGUUGUUAGACAGGACCUCAGCAUAGAAUUCAAUGUUGGCUUUAUCAAGGGUUAUGUCGAGCAAAAUCUGUUUGAAUGUAAAUUGUACACACACACAUAAGUUUGUAUUUAUGUUAUAAGUGUGAGCUGUAAAUGACAAUUUCCAGCUGCUGAUGGUUGGCUGUGCAGUUUAAACGUAAAUUGUGUAAGCAGGUGACAAGGGUUCAAUAUUUGUACUGUUCUUCAGUGUACAAGUAAUUCAUUUUGCUGUCUGAAACGUUUGUCUGCUGGAGAGUAAUUCAUUUUGCUGUCUACCUCUUGGGCUGGCACAGGGUGUCCCAGUGGCUGGGUGCUUUCCGGUGUUGCUGGGAGUCGAGAUUUUUACAUUAAUCAAUCCUCUCCCUCAAAGAGGGGAAAAAGUUGCUUUUUGA